AAUGGAUGGAAUGAUUUUGCCUUUAAUUUGUCGGACACCCGGAAGUCGUGCUGAUGUCCGAGGACUUGACUGCGUGAGGUCGUUUGUGUUCCAACUUUGCGAAAGGAAACAUUUGAUGCCGCUAUAUUAAAUUAGCAUUAGCAUUAGCGUGCCAGCAGAGUGGCAGAGAAAUGGGAGUCAUUCUCGCACCGCAGCAUGGGCGACGCUAAGCGGCACGACGACGCUGUGACGGCCGAGUUGAGGCUGCCCAUCACCGGGGAUUGUCAGCUGGACGAGGCGGUGCUGCGGUGGCUCAGCUGGGACAAGAACGUUCACACUCGCGCUGAGCUGCUGGCUCUGUUGGCGUGGCCUCAUGUGGACGAGCUGAGGUCCAGACUGAGCAGCAGGUUGACCUUUGGCACGGCCGGCCUCAGGGCACCCAUGGGGGCGGGCUUUAACCGCAUCAAUGACCUCACCAUCAUCCAGGCCACACAGGGCUUGUGCGCGUACCUGCUCAGGUGCGUUCCGGACACGGCCCACAGAGGCGUGGUGGUGGGCUUCGACGCCAGGGGCCGGCGUGAGAGCGGCUGCAGCAGUGAACGGCUGGCGGCGCUCACGGCCGCUGUGAUGCUGAGCAGAGACGUCCGCGUGCACCUCUUCUCCAGCUACAUCCCCACGCCGUACGUGCCUUUUGGCGUCCUCGAGUUGGGCGCGGCGGCCGGCGUCAUGAUCACGGCGUCCCACAACCCUAAAGAGGACAACGGCUACAAGGUGUACUGGUGUAAUGGCGCUCAAAUCGCCUCCCCUCACGACAAAGGCAUCCUGAAAAGCAUGGAGGAGCAUCUGGAGCCCUGGAGCGCCUCCUGCUGGGACGUCCAGCUGGUCCACACGAGCCCCCUGAGGACAGACCCCCUGAGCCACGUGGACCGCCGCUACCUGGACCAGCUCGCCAGUCUCUGCUUCCACAGACAGAUCAACAGCAGCUGUCCUCUCAAGUUUGUCCACUCGUCCUUCCACGGCGUGGGACACGUCUUCGUCCGUCAAGCCUUCCAAGCGUUCGGGUUCCCUCCACCCAUUCCGGUGCCGGAGCAGAAAGACCCAGACCCGGACUUCCCGUCUGUGCGCUGUCCCAACCCGGAGGAGGGCGAGUCUGUCCUGGAACUCGCUCUACUUCUGGCCGAGAAGGAAAAGGCCCGCGUCGUCCUGGCGACGGAUCCUGAUGCGGAUCGACUGGCGGUGGCGGAGACGUGCGACAGGUGUGAGGGUCAGGUGGUGGUGACGGAGCCCGGAAAGGGGGCGUGGUCUGGCCACAGGUGUCGCUGGAAGGUUUUUUCCGGGAACGAGCUGGCGGCGCUCCUGGGCUGGUGGAUGUUGUUCUCGUGGAAGGAGACGCACGACGACCCUGCUGACCUGCAGCACGUCUACAUGCUCGCCACCACCGUGUCCUCCAAGAUCCUGCAGGCUCUGGCCCGCGUCGAAGGCUUCCACUUCGAGGAAACGCUUCCGGGCUUCAAAUGGAUCGGAAACCGGAUCCACGAACUCACCGGAAGCGGAAAGACUGUUUUGUUUGCCUUCGAGGAGUCCAUCGGCUUCCUGUGCGGCGCGCUGCUUCCUGACAAGGACGGCGUGAGCGCGGCGGCCGUGGUGGCCGAGAUGGCCGCUUACCUCCACCACAGGAAGCUGAGCCUCCAGCAACAGCUGCACAACAUCUACCUGACGUACGGCCAUCACGUCUCCACGAGCUCCUACGUCAUCUGCAACGACGCCGCCACCGUCCACAAGAUCUUCGCCCGGAUCAGAGACUUCGACGGCCGAGGCUCGUACCCCGACACCUGCGGCGGCGUGCGCAUUGUGCACGUGAGAGACGUCACCACGGGAUACGACAGCAGCCAGCCUGAUUGCCGCUCGGUUCUCCCCGUGAGCAGGAGCGGUCACAUGAUCACCUUCACGCUGCACAACGGCGUGGUGGCCACGCUGAGAACGAGCGGCACGGAACCCAAAAUCAAAUACUACAGCGAGCUGUGCGCCACGCCCGGAAUCAGUGAUGUGUGCUGUCUGGAGGCGGAGCUUAAGCAGGUGACCGACGCGCUGGUGGAGGAGUUUCUCCAGCCGGAGAGAAACAAGCUGAUUCGCCGCAUUGUGUGAAGUCCUCGUUCUUCUACGGACUGCCAGAGAGGGCGCCGCUGCCUCGCUUGCCUCGCCGCCGUCAGCUCCAAAUCAACCACAUCAAACGCGUCCCACAAGAUGGCCUCCAUCUGCUCGCCGCCGCACGUCGCCGCAGCAAGCUGAGGGAAUGAGUGACACACGCUCCUCGUGAGGACAUUGAAACCAUCUCCCGCGCAUUCUUCGGACAAGUAACUCCGCGGUGUUCGUGUGACGCCCCCCGCUGUUCUGCACGGGUUCUCCGAACGAGAGUGCACGAGCUAGUCAUCGAGCUGAAGGCCUGAGCUUCCCAGGCGUCAGGGAGUGAUGUUUACAAACACACACUUGCACAGCCACACUGGCUCCUACAUGAGUACACAGCUUUUUGGGGGGGACUUGGGGGGCCGCAUUGGGCAAAAAGAAUUUGGCCGGGGGCCGUAAGCCGAUUGCAUGUAAAGUAACUAAUAUAUAUAACAAUAUCUAUCACCUUAUGUAAAUAACUAUAUAUCUAUAUUUACACACACAUAUAUACACAUUUUUGUACAUACACAUAUAUACAGUCGCGAUCAAAAGUUUACAUACACUUCAGUGUUUCCCCCAGAAAAUGUGUUAGUUAAGGUGGUGUCUCUCCAGGUGGAUGGGUGGGUGUAAGGAACAGCGUAACUCGGCCUGACGCCAUCACGUCUCCAUCUCAUCGCUGCCACCACAGCCUGGGGGGGCAAUAGACUACAGACUGUGGUGAAGUAGGCCGGCUUCGUCGCGUGAGGAAGCCUACAAUUUUUGGUUGUGUUUUCCGCUCCAUAUGCUGAAUGCCGAUAUACCAGGGGUCACCAACCUUUUUGAAACCAAGAGCUACUUCUUGGGUACUGAUUAAUGCGAAGGGCUACCAGUUUGAUACACACUUAAAUAAAUUGCCAGAAGUAGCCAAUUUGCUCAAUUUACCUUUAACUCUAUGUUAUUAUUAAUAAUUAAUGAUAUUUAUCUUUGUGGAAACACUGAUCAUCUUAAUUAUUUUUCACAAUAUAUAUAUAUAGAAACAGAUAAAUAUCAAUAUGCAACACUUUAUUUUUAUAUUUUCUCUAAGUGCACAUUUUUCAAAUUGAACAUUUUCAAAUGAUCACUUCUAAGACAGUCUUGUGAAAUCACAAUAUCCUAUUUUAACUAGCUAGCCACUAACAUUUUUUAACAAAUCAUGAAUUACUUUGCACCAUGUUUGUACAAAUAAUAACUCAUGUAAAAUACAAAAGUCAACUCUCAAAUUUUUAAAUAAAUCAUGUCACACUUUGAACUGGACACCAAAUCUGUUAUCUGUUUCUUUGUCAGUUAGUGAAGACCAAGUCUUUAAAAUAUUUUCUUGGAUUUUCAAAUUCUAUUUGAGUUUUGUCUCUCAGAAUUAAAAAUGUCGAGCAAAGCGAGACCAGCUUGCUAGUAAAUAAAUAAAAUUUAAAAAAUAGAGGCAGCUCACUGGUAAGUGCUGCUAUUUGAGCUAUUUUUAGAACAGGCCAGCGGGCUACUCAUCUGGUCCUUACGGGCUACCUGGUGCCCGUGGGCACCGCGUUGGUGACCCCUGCGAUAUACUAUAUAUAUCUAGAUAUUUUUUCCGUAAAGUAAAAACAAUACACUCCUAGUUACCUCAGAUACUAAGUAUGUCAUUAUUAUGACUUAGUAAGUCAAUAUUUUGACUUAUUAAUUUACUAAGUCAAAAUAAUGACUUACUAAGUCAAAAUAAUGACUUACUAAGUCAAAAUAAUGACUUAAUAAGUCAAAUUAAUGACUUACUGUAAGUAAGCGUUUGCAAUAAGCGUUUGAAAAAAAAGAGUUAAAAGUGGGGCCACGUGCUGACAUAUGCUCAUCUCAUCAUGCUUAAUUUAUUACAGCAUUUGGGGAAGCCUGUAGUUGAUUUUUAUUAUGUAAAUGUUAUAUUUUUAUCAACAUGUGAUAGCAGGGACCCUGCCAUUCAAAACUAGGCUGCUACAUUACUAAUGAUUAAUGUAACUAUAGCUGAAAAAAAAGUACAAUAGCAAUAGGAGAGACUAUUCAUCCCUGAACACCAUGGAGUUCAUGUAGGCUUUAUGAGGCAGUUACAUUAUUAUAUCAACAGAGACAGAAACUCUUCAUUUAACAUAAUGUCCUUUUUUGCUGCUUCAACACAGCUCAAUCAACACAGAAAAAGGUAAAGUGAAAUAACUUAGUUGUUAAUUGUAGGUCAAUAAUGCUUGCGUUUCUCUCAGACAGACAGGGCUUUGCUGUCCGUUUAAUGUGGGGCGCACACGCACGCACAGUGAGCUAACGUUACGCUAAAACCUAAUUAGCCUUCACCUAAAGGACUGCGAGCGAGCUGAGCUGCCGCUUAUGUUUCUAGAACGUCAACGGGCUCAUAGUGAUGUUACUUGUAGUUGACUGGGAGGUGUUUAUUUUAAUUUGGGGAGAGUCCGCUGCCUUAUGCUCACCUGCCAAAUACCAAUCUGCUCACCCGCACCGUCUCUCCUCUCUGCCUGCCUCUGUCGUGAGCACUGACUCCAUGCACUCUGAAUACUCACUGCUGAUUGGCUGUUACAUGCGCUCUGAAUACUCACUGCUGAUUGGCUGUUACAUGCGCUCUGAAUACGCACUGCUGAUUGGCUGUUACCGCUCUGCGUGUAACCAAUCAGAUGGUUCUGUGGGUGGGACAAUGCUGGGUGCUGCAGAGACGUACUGACAGAGGCAUAACGAAGCGUAGCAGCUUGUUAAGACGUUAGUUUAGGCGGUGGCUCUUUGUUGUUCAGGCAGCCGCCUGAACAACAAAGCGCUGCGGGAAACCCUGCACUUGGAAAGAACAUAAUGUCAUGGCCGUCUUGAGUUUCCAAUAAUUUCUACAACUCUUAUUUUUUUGUGAUAGAGUGAUUGGAGCACAUACUUGUUGGUCACAGAAAACAUUCAUGAAGUUUGGUUCUUUUAUGAAUUUAUUAUGGGUCUACUGAAAAUGUGACCAAAUCUGCUGGGUCAAAAGUAUACAUACAGCAAUGUUAAUAUUUGCUUACAUGUUCUUGGCAAGUUUCACUGCAAUAAGGCGCUUUUGGUAGCCAUCCACAAGCUUCUGGCAAGCUUUUGGUUGAAUAUUCUUGACAAAAUUGGUGUAGUGCAGCUAAUUGUGUUGGUUUUCUGACAUGGACUUGUUUCUUCAGCAUUGUCCACACGUUUAAAUCAGGACUUUGGGAAGGCCAUUCUAAAACCUUAAUUCCAGCUCAAUUUUUGUUUCAUCUGACAUCACAUGGACAAAGAUAAGACCUUCUGGAGGAAAGUUCUGUGGUCAAAUGAAACAAAAAUUUAGCUGUUUGGCCACAAUACCCAGCAUGUUUGGAGGAGAAAAGGUGAGGCCUUUUAUCCCAGGAACACCUUACCUACCGUCAAGCAUGGUGGUGGUAGUAUUAUGUUCUGGGCCUGUUUGCUGCCAAUGGAACUGGUGCUUUAAAUGGGACAAUGAAAAAGGAGGAUUACCUCCAAAUUCUUCAGGACAACCUAAAAUCAUCAGCCCGGAGGUUGGGUCUUGGGCGCAGUUGGGUGUUCCAACAGGACAAUGACCCCAAACACACGUCAAAAGUGGUAAAGGAAUGGCUAAAUCAGGCUAGAAUUAAGGUUUUAGAAUGGCCUUCCCAAAGUCCUGACUUAAAUGUGUGGACAAU